GCUCCUAAACUUGCAUAACCUCAAUUAAAUUGUUUGUAAAUAUUUUAGUUUACUUUACCGGGUAGUUUUAAUUUAAUUUAAAUAGUUAUAAGUUGUUUUAAAAAGAAGACAUUUAAUCGAUUAAUAAAAAUGGAAAAAUUAUACAACACUGGGGAUAGGUUACUAUUGGAAGUCAACGAGAGUGAUGUUUUUGAGGGAAAUUUAUACAGUGUAACAGAUCAAAGGAUUGAUUUAUACCAAGUAGUAAAGUAUAGUCAAAAUACAAACCUAAAUGGCAUGUACUCAUUUUUUAAAGACGAAAUAACGAACAUUAAAAGAAUUUAUCUUAGAGACUGUGAUUUUUUUAAUAAACUUAUUGACCACAUAAACAACUUGGAUAUAUCUUCACUAGAACCUAACUUUAAGGACACAGUUGUUUUAAGCUAUGAAGAUUACAGUAAAAUACAAAUGCUUAAGACUAAUGCAAUAUAUAUUGACCGUCCAGAUGCAAGAUACUUUAAGGCUAUGAACGAGUUUAAAAAUACGCAGCACUUAGCAAUUGCUCCGGUGGGUUUAGAGGAUCAAAGAGUCAAUAGAGCUUUAAAGUUUUUGGUUGUCUGCUCAUUUUCACAAGUCUACAUAUUCGACUUUAGGAACAAGAAAAAAACUGAGUUUCCAAAAGAAUUACGUCAAAUGUUAGAAAGUCCAUUCCAUAAAAAGAUUAUUUACAAUGGAGCUUUUUUCGAUGACUUUUUGAUUUACAAUUAUAACUUUCAAAUGUGCAAUGUUUUUGAUAUAAAUAUCUUUGAUUUAUGUAUCUUUCAUCUUAAAAAUGAAGAGAGUGGAUGGAGGACCCUUGAGAAAUGCCUGGAGACAUAUUUAAACCUGGUUCCUGCUGUGGUGCGACCGGAAGGGGAAAUAAACCGGUUUGAAUGGAGUCAAAUAUCUCUUCCAAUAUUAUAUAAAAUACAAUUGGCGGAGUUGGUGGUCUAUUUAAUACCACUGGAGAAGGUAAUUUGCAGAGAGUAUAAUAGACUGACUAAAGAAUUUCUUACGAUAUAAUCUUAUAUAUAAGUUUUAUGUAUUGUGAUGUAAGCUUUAAAUAUAUUUUAAGUUAUUACCAUUGUUACUUUUCAAAUUGUCUAGAAAUAAGUUAUAUUUGCUUGAAUAAAUUGUAUGUUUGAUAA